CUUUUUCCUUCUUUCUUAUUCUUUUUCAUUCUAUCCUUUCUUAUUAAUAUAUAAUGGAAGCUGUAUUAAACUACUUUGACUUUUCACAACCUUCAUUUUAUUAUGCUUUGGCUAAUAUUUUAUUCAACCCUAUUUUUUGGAACAUUGCCGCUAGAGCAGAAUAUAAAAGUCAUAUUUUGACAAAAUUGGCCGGAGGUAAUGCUUAUCGUGGAUGUGCUGCUCUUGCUUUUUCUAUCUUCUCUCUUGGUAUUCUUCGUGAUUAUCUAUUCAAGAUUGCUUUACAAUUCCAACCUAUUCAUCCUCUUCUUGAAAUCGAUGCUGUCAAAGCCGUCGCUAUUGUUCUCUUUUUAACCGGUAAUAUAUUGGUGUUAUCUUCCAUGUGGGCUUUGGGUUUCACUGGUACUUAUUUAGGUGAUUAUUUUGGUAUCUUGAUGGAUGCGCGUGUUACUGGGUUUCCAUUCAAUGUUUGUGAAGAUCCUAUGUAUACUGGAUCUACUUUGACCUUUUUGGCUACAGCCUUAUGGUAUGCUAGUCCUGCUGGUCUGUUAUUGACUUCUGUUGUACAUGUUGUUUAUCGAGUGGCAUUACGUUAUGAAGGUCCCUUCACUGCCAUGAUUUAUGCCAACAAGGAUAAGAAACAAUAAAAUGAUUUAGAAAAUAUUAUCUGUAGAAUAGAAAUCCUUGUUUAUAUUUAGUUCUUCAUUUUUUUUCUUGUUGUUGUUGUCAAUAAAUCAAAGUUUUUAUGAUUAUCUUAA